CGGCCCUCCGCUGCCCCCGCCCAUGAGGCGGCCGGGGCCGCCUUCCCGAGGGCAGCAGAAGAUGGCGGCGGCCGCGGGCUGGGCGCUGCUGGCCCUGGCGCUGUGUCUGAGCGCGGCGGCCGCGACCGGCGGCUCCGAGGGGAAGCGGCCGCCCAAGAAGAAGGACAUUCGGGACUACAACGACGCGGACAUGGCCCGGCUGCUGGAGCAGUGGGAGAAAGAUGAUGACAUUGAAGAGGGAGAUCUCCCUGAACACAAGAGGCCUCCAGCACCAAUAGAUUUCUCAAAAAUAGAUCCAGGCAAGCCUGAAAGCAUCCUGAAGCUGACAAAGAAGGGGAAGACUUUGAUGAUGUUUGUCACAGUGUCGGGAAAUCCAACAGAAAAGGAGACAGAAGAAAUCACCAGCUUGUGGCAGGGCAGCCUCUUCAACGCAAACUACGAUGUGCAAAGGUUUAUUGUUGGCUCCAAUCGGGCCAUCUUCAUGCUGCGGGAUGGUGGCUAUGCCUGGGAGAUCAAAGACUUCCUGAUCAAUCAGGAAAGGUGUGCAGAUGUUACUCUGGAAGGUCAGGUUUAUCCUGGCAAAGGAGCAGACGGAAGUGAGAAAGUGAAAAACAAAACAAAACCUGAAAAAGCCAAGAAGAAAAAAGACACAGAGAAGAAAUUGAACGGUGCCAAAGAGGACAACCGAGCAACCAGCCAGAGAGAGGAGCUAUGACAGCCACGGUACCCAGACUGAAUCCUGCUCUGCUGCUCCCUGAAGGGAAUCUGCUGAUGAGUCCUGGGUUUUGGGGAGGAAGGAAGCAGAGACUACUGAAGCUCAAAUUUGUGUUGAAAUUCACCGGUUUACUCAUUGC